AGUCAUCGGUGUGUUUUCCUACAGGGCAGGAGGCAGUAGAGUAUCCAGAGGUUAGAGCCAGUGGUUAAAGGUCAUUUGUCUGUUUUCGUACGGGUCAGCAGGCAGUAGAGUAUCCAGAGGUUAGAGCCAGGGGUUAAAGGUCAUCUGUGUGUUUUCCUACAGGUCAGCAGGCAGUAGAGUAUCCAGAGGUUAGCGUUAGAGCCAGGGGUUAAAGGUGUGUUUCCUCCAGGCCAAUGGGUGGUGGAAGAGCCAGCGGCUGCAAUGUAUCCUGGGAACAGAGCACUGGUGAUGAAGUCAUCAGGACGACACCAUGCCAUCGCUGCCUACCUACACACACCCUUCAACUUCAUACACACACCGCUCUGCCUGCAGUAUGAGGUGAGGUUCGGGAGAGAUGUAGAGUGCAGUGGAGCCUACAUAAAACUGCUGACUCAGACCCAUCUGCUACGACUGAGCCAGUUCAGUGAGUCCACUCCAUACUCUGUGAUGUUUGGUCCUGAUAAGUGCGGCACCAGCCACCGCCUCCAUCUCAUCGUCAGGGUAACGGACUCUAGCAACGGCCGUAACCAAGAGAUACACGCCCCCCAACCCGUCGAUGACCUGACGGUGUACUUCACCGACCGACAACCACACCUCUAUACACUACAAUUGUAUCAAGACAGCAGGUAUGAGAUUUUCAUUGACCAAUCGCUGAUCAGUCAAGGCCGCCUGCUGACAGACGAAGUCCAGUACACAGAAUCCCCUGACAGCCAACCAGAGUCCCCGGUGUCUGGAUUAGGGGUGGGGUCAGUCGCGGCGCUGGGUCUGGAACUGUGGUCAUUGUCGGGGGAAGUUAUGUUUGACAAUUUCCUGUUGACUGAUGACCUAAAGCUGGCUAAGAGAUGGACACAGGACACCUGGGGACAGAAACAACCCGGCCUGUUGGAGCGACUCCUGAUAGCAACUAACUCUCGUCCCUGGCUCUGGGGUGUCUACAUCUUCACGGUGGGAUUACCCAUCACCCUCUUCAUCAGCUACAUGUGGCCGGACAAGAGAUUCGGGCCCCCUGACCAGGACUACUACUAUAAGAAAUCUGAUGAACCUCAGCCAGACAGACAACCAGAGAGAGACCAGCCAGACAGACCAACCAGCCUCUCAGACUAUGGUGCGGUGAGUAGAGAGGGGGCCAGGAGGAGAGAAACUCAGAAGGUUCAGAGGAAGUCAGACCUGGAGGUUGAGAAUGAGUGACAAUCCCUGGUCAGCCUGAGGACUAACCAACCCUAACCAGCCUGAGGACUAACUAGAGCUGCGGCAGUCACAAAAUUUCGUCAGCCAGUGAUUGUCAAGCAAAUAACUGUCGGUCUCACAGUUAUUGCCAUUGACACAGACCUUUGGAAUGUCUACAUUUUAAAAUGUCUAAUAAAUCCAUAUAAUAUAGCCUACACCACAAUAAAUCCAUUAUUUAUUUUAGACAGGUCUAAAGAAACAUGAUAUGAAGAAAAUGUAGUCUAUUUCAGAAGAACAGAAUAACAUACUCUGAGUUGUCCUUAUGUUAGGCCCUGAUCUGGCUGUGCCAUAUGGCUGUGGGCGACACUAGUUCAUUUAGCAGACAAGAUUUGCUUAGUAUUCCGUGGCAUUAUUUUAUAAUAUGUUAUAGUAUGAAGAAUACAGUAGAACAAAGCUGAAUAAAAUAGAAAGGAUAUGUUCUCCAAACAGUUUGAUGGAGUGCAACUAUUCUGUGUUGAGUGGUUAACAAAGAAAUAGGUCCUCCUAGAUGCUACAUUUAGAGUCAUUAAUGUAACUUUAGUUGUUCUACAAACGUUGGCCUGUAUGUUUUGAUUUUUAAUACAUUGUAAGGCUGCAUGGUGAGACUCUAAUGAUGAUUUGAAACAAGUUGCUUGAAAGGCAUAAUCGCUGCUUUGUAUUUUGAGAAGGCUGUACACCAGGGGUUCUUAAGCCUGAGACCCAAAUGAGAAAUUAUGUGUUUUGCUGGGACCCAAGCUUAGGAAAAUGUGCAACUAUACGUAAAUAUCGGAACAUUUCAUUGCCCUUAUGCCUAAAAAAAUGCAAUGAAAUACCCAUAAAUAUAUUUGCGUCUAUUUUUAUUUAGUUUAUUCUUAUGUACCUGUCUAGGUUGGAACUGGUUAGAACUGUUUCUGUUAAAAUACAUUUAAUUCUGACCUGAAAUAAAUUGAUUGAUCACAUCACACAGAUGUAGACCAGAACACACAGUC